AUGUUCCUCGUCCGCGCACUCUCGGCGCUCCUCUUCCUAGCACUCAUUAUCCUAUUGAUACCCCUCACCUUCGACAUCGGCGGGCGCGACGCGGGUCUCGCAUUCUCUCUGUCCAUCGCGUCCUUCUACUUCGUUCUCUCUCUCCUACGCAUCAACACCCCCGAUGGCUCGAGGUUCAGAAGGACAGUCAUAAACGCACUUCGGGGGCUGCAAUGGCUCAUCCUGCCGGGGCUGUGUAUCUGGGCGCUGGGAAGAUUCUCCGUGGACGCAAACAACAGUGGAGGCUGGGUUGAGAGGACGUUCCGACCAAAGACGGGCUUUAUGAGCUCGCAUUCGAGUUUCCGAGAGUCCAUCUUCGGUCCGGAAGGCCUGCUCGAGAACGUCGCCAUCGGAAGCUGGGAUCUCCUGUUGCGCUGGUCGUCACCGGUAUUUCAACUCCUCGAGGGCUUUUGCAGCUUGUUGGUCAUUCAGGCCGUCGGACAACUCUCGAGAUGGCUCGUCAACAGGAGCGAAUGGAGCGAUGCCUGGUUGCUGACCCUCCUGGUGACCGCAGCAGGUGUUGUAUCGAGCUCGGUCUACUUCCUAUGGCGAGUCCUGCAGUUCCCCGACAUUUCAAACCUCGACUCCACUCUCAUCGGUAUCGCCAUCGCCUCUGCCAUAUUCCUCUGUGCAUACGGAGUCGUCUCUGGCCGUGGCACGGCAGUGGAAUCAUCCCUGCUUUUCGCAUACAUUGUGUUAUGCAUCUACCAGAUCUUUACCGAUUACAAACCCAACACCAGCGGCCCCGAAGUCGGUACCGCAACUUCGGCACCUGAUUUCCCUCCCUUCCCACCGAUCAUCAUGUCAUCAUAUACGGCGAUCAUGCAUGGCUUGUCCUCACUCCCCGGGGUUCUUGUCACUGCCCUGGAUUUCACCGCGGCCGCUUUCAAAGCCGUCACUCCUUCGGUGCUCAUCUCACUCGGGUACCGACUGUUCGUGUUCUAUGCUUCGACUCGCAUCAUCCCGGCCAUCAACGAGAGCGGAGCCCGAGUCCUCAGCAUGGAACCCUCCCUCGACGACUCCAAUGCCGGCAACCAAUUCCUGGCUUUCCUGUCGUGGUUCUCUCCGAGCAUCCUCAUCGCCGUCUACACGAGUCUUCUUAUGCAGCAUUUCGCAACCACCAUGGGCGGCUACGCCCCAGGCCUCACGGAAACCAUCGAGGCUUGGUGGAGCGGCAACGGCCAACCCGGGAUGAACGGAAACCUUUGGAAAUGGGUCAACCUGGUCGGGACGAUGGUCUUGUACGCGGUGGAGUUGUGGUUGGGUCAAGAAGACAAUAUCGACGGCGGACACUGGAAAGUCGAUUGA